AUGUCUUCGACGCCAUUAUUCGGCGUUCUGGGGGAAUUUGGAUCGUCUACCGUGUUGUUUACUGCAUAUUCGGAGAGAUUAAAGCAAUAUUUUAUCGCUAAUUCUAUCCGGCCAUGUCCUGCUGAUGCUACACAAGAAUUACUUGCGGCUGCAGACAAGAAAAAAGUCGCGGUAUUUAUUUCAGUUAUUGGAAAGAAAUCUUACGCAACCCUUCGUGAUUUGUGCGGUCCUGAUUCACCGAAAGAUAAAAGUUUUUCUGAGCUUUGUGAAAUGUUACGUACUCAUUACAAACCGAAACGUUUGGUUGUAGCUGAAACUUAUAGAUUUCAUCGGUGUAUUCAAGAAGAAAAUGAAAAUGUUUCUGAUUACAGUGCACGUUUGCGACAUUAUGCUUCCACUUGUGACUUUGGUCAGUUCUUAAACCGUUCUCUGCGUGAUCAAUUUAUAUGCGAAAUUCGUAAUUCAGCAACUCGGAAAAAGUUACUAAAUGAAGACCGUACUUUUCAAGAUGUGUUAAAAAUGGCCAUAGCUGAUGAAGUUGCUAGUAAGGAGACUUUAGGAUUUCAAAACAAUACGAAACCAGUGAACGAAUCUGUGCAUACUGUGGGUAGAAAUCAAAUUCCUGAUAAGUUUUCAAAUAGCAGGAAUACAUCAAAUUCCAAUAACCUAAGACCACCAUUGCCUACCGCCCAGAAAUUUUCAUAUUCCUGGUAUUCCUGUGGAGGUACUGGACAUUCUCGGGCCCAGUGUAGAUUUAGAAAUGUUGUAUGCAGCCGAUGUAAGAGGACUGGUCACGUUGCUCGUGUUUGCAAGAGAGGUAACAUGCAAAAUAACUUUGUCGAACAGAAACUGAGUUCAGAUGAUGUGUUUCUUGAGGAAGAAUUAUUUACGGUUUUUGAUGUUAACUCCCUAUACAAAUCAGAAAUUUCCGUACCCUUGAAAAUUGAGAAUCAAGAGUGUUCCUUACAAUUAGAUACUGGUUGUGCAUUGUCCUUGGCCCCCCAAACCUUCUAUGAGCAAUUUUGUUCCCAUAUCCCUUUAAAACCUACCGCAGUGAGAUUAUCUACCUAUACCGGUGAAAAGAUUCAACCUUUGGGACAAAUCAAUGUUAAUGUUACUUAUGCUGCAACUCAGCACUCUCUUCCAUUACUGGUAGUACCACAGGGCUCUGGUGUCUUAUUUGGAAGAAACUGGCUAAGGUGUAUAAAGCUAGAUUGGAACAAUUUGCCUGGAAUUGAGUUACCGUCAUUUACAACCACAGCUACAUGCUCCAAGAUUUCUGAAAAUAAGAAUACAUUGGACUGA